UUCUCUUUCUGCUGGUUCUCCUCUCCGGCGGUUUUUGGAUUCAGUAUCCCCUCCGACCUACAUCGCAGAACUCGGCUCUCACCCGGACAGAGGAGACAUGUUGCUGCAUAAACUGUUUGCGUGGAUCCUGUCGGUUCUAUGUGGUGUUGAUCUGAGUUUGGGGUUCGUCUACGAUCGGCCCAAACGUUCUGGAGAGGACAGCAGCUUAACCAGGACAGAUUCUCGCCCUGCAUCUCCAUACGUGGCAUCCUCUGGUUCCUGUAGGAACCGGUGCUUUGAAUUGGCUGACGUGGAUCCACCAAACUGCCGCUGUGAUAACUUGUGUAAGACCUACAACGGCUGUUGCUCUGACUUUGACCAGCUCUGCCUCAGGACAGAGGGAGGGUACGAGUGCCGUAAGGACCGCUGUGGUGAAACCCGAAAUGAACAUCAUGCCUGCCACUGUUCUGAUGACUGUCUGUCCAGAGGAGACUGUUGUACCAACUACAAGACUCUGUGUAAAGGAGAUUCUUCGUGGCUGCAGGAUGAGUGUGAGGAGAUCAGAACUGCUGAAUGUCCUGUUGGUUUCCUGCGUCCGCCGCUCAUCAUCCUGUCAGUGGACGGAUUCAGAGCUUCGUAUGUAAAGAGAGGAAGCACCGUCAUACCCAACAUCGAGAAACUCAGAUCCUGUGGAACCCAUGCUCCUUACAUGAGACCUGUUUAUCCCUCCAAAACCUUCCCCAACCUCUACUCUCUGGCUACGGGUCUGUAUCCAGAGUCCCAUGGGAUUGUUGGUAACUCCAUGUAUGACCCGGUUUUUAACGCCACCUUCAACCUGAGGAGCCGAGAGAAACUCAAUCACCGCUGGUGGGGAGGACAACCUAUCUGGAUCACAGCAGCUAAACAGGGAGUGAAGGCCGCCACCUUCUUCUGGCCCGUUUCCAUCCCGUUGGAGAGGCGGAUCCUGACCAUGCUGCAGUGGCUCCACCUCCCUCAUGGAGAGCGGCCGUACGUUUACGCCAUGCACUCUGAGCAGCCCGACGCCUACGGACACAGACUGGGACCGACCAGCGCCGAGCUGAACAACCCUCUGAGGAUGAUUGACAGAAUCGUCGGUCAAAUGAUGGACGGCCUGAAGCAGAUGAAGCUGCACCGCUGUGUCAACAUCAUCCUAGCGGGAGACCACGGUAUGGAAGAGGCCAGCUGUGAUCGUACUGAGUUCCUCAGUAACUACAUGACCAACGUCGAUGACAUCAUCCUGAUUCCUGGGUCGCUAGGCAGAAUACGGUCCAGAUACCCAAACAACCCAAAAUACGACCCGAAGGCUGUUGUUGCUAAUCUGACAUGUAAGAAAGCCGAUCAGCACUUUAAGCCUUUUUUGAAGCAGCACCUGCCGAAGAGACUUCACUACGCAUAUAACCAACGGAUUGAGGACAUUCACCUGCUGGUGGAGCGGAAGUGGCACAUCGGCAGGAAAGUUCCUGAAGGGAAGCGACACUGCAGCUUCUCUGGGGACCAUGGAUACGACAAUAAGAUCAACAGCAUGCAGACUAUCUUCCUGGGUUAUGGGCCGACAUUUAAGUUCAAUACUAAAGUCCCGGCCUUUGAAAACAUCGAGCUUUAUAAUGUCAUGUGUGAUCUGCUGGGUCUCAAACCCGCUGCCAACAACGGAACCCACGGCAGCCUGAACCACCUGCUGAGGAGUCCUCCUUACAGACCUGCCGUGCCAGAGGAGGUCUCCAGACCCGUCUCCUCUGGCCCCACCUCUGCAGGGACAGACGACCUGGGCUGCACCUGUGACGAAAAGUUGCGUGUAAAAAGUAGGGGCCAGAGAGGUUUGAAAGUGACCCUUGUACGAGGCUAUAACCUGGAGUCACUCUGGCUCUGUCUCUUACAGAACAAAGUGGACGAGCUAAACCAGCGACUGAGGCAAGCUAUUGAUGAUAGCAGGAACCUGCCGUACGGUCGGCCUGCUGUCCUGUUCCGUACCAAAUACUCCAUCCUCCACCACAGCGACUACAUCAGCGGUUACAGUGAAACUCUCUCCAUGCCCCUGUGGACGUCGUACACUGUCAGCAGACAGGUGGAAGUGUCGUCUCUUCCUGAUGUUCUGUCCAACUGCGUGAGACCAGACUCCCGAGUCCCGCCAGCCUUCAGUCAGUCUUGUACCAAUUACAGAGCAGACAAACAGAUCACGUACGCUUUCCUGUACCCGCCACAAUUAUCCUCAACACUAGACAGAAAAUAUGACGCUGUCCUCAUCACCAACACCGUCCCCAUGUAUCCUGCUUUCAAGAAGGUUUGGGGUUAUUUCCAGAGAGCGCUGGUGAAGAAAUUUGCCAACGAGCGAAACGGCGUGAACAUUCUGAUCGGACCCAUAUUUGACUACGACUUCAACGGAAUCAGAGACACAGCGGAGAAGAUGAAAGAGUUUGUUAGCGGUUCGAUUCCUGUCCCCACCCACUACUUUGUGGUCCUGACCAGCUGCUUGGACUUCACACAGGCUGCAGACUCCUGUAGCGGUCCACUCAACAGCGCCGCCUUCAUCCUGCCCCACAGGCCCAACAAUGAUGAGACCUGCAAUAGUUCAGAGGACGAGUCUCGGUGGGUGGAGGACCUGAUGAAGAUGCACACAGCGCGGGUCAGAGACGUGGAGCUCCUGACAGGUCUGGACUUGUACCGCAGAACCACACGGAAUUACGCUGAAAUCCUCUCCUUGAAGACCUUCAUGCACACGUACGAGAGCGAGAUCUGAUCUGCGCUGCUUCCUGUCUGAUAACAAACUCAUUCUGGAGGUAAAAAACCUUCACAAGGCAUGAAACAGAAACUCAGA